AUGCCUCGACCCACGCGCGAAUCUUACGGUGACCAGAAACCACCGUUCUCAUACAUCGCCCUCACAGCUAUGGCUAUUUGGAGCUCCCCGGAACGGAUGCUGCCGUUAUCAGAGAUAUACCGAUUCAUCACGGACAGAUUCCCUUACUACAGGCGUAAUACGCAGCGCUGGCAGAACUCUCUUAGGCAUAAUUUGUCGUUCAAUGACUGCUUCGUGAAGGUGCCGCGGCGGCCUGACCGACCAGGCAAGGGCGCAUACUGGACGUUACAUCCGCAAGCAUUCGAUAUGUUUGAAAAUGGUUCGCUACUACGCCGCCGCAAGCGCUUCAAGCUGCACAAGGGAGAAAAGGAUAGUUUGAACGCUGAGCUGGCUGCUUUAGCAAGUUUCAAUAGGGCAUUCUUGGCUCGGCAGGCCAGUGGACCACCUCAAGCAAGUUUACAGAACGGCAGUUUAUAUUCGCCUGUUGCUUUAUGCUCUAGACCAAGUCCGGAGCCGUUAGAAGCACCGGAUACAACAGCUUUAUUGCCUGCUGGACCGAGACCUCGCAGGGCAUUUACGAUAGACGCUCUGUUAGAGCCAGAGCCGCGGCGGUCGCCAUCACCACCGCCGCAGCCACACUGUCCGAUGCCUUUACCGCCACCAUACCUUCUAGCAGCCCAGCGGUACCAUGCGGAGCUGUUAGCUGGCCUGCAGCAAUCCUGUCUACCUCCGUUAUGGACGUGGAGGGAUACCAGUCAAUUUUCACACUAUACGCUUAAUUCAUGA